AUGGAGAAUCCAGAAAUUCUUGAGUUAACCACGGAAACGGAACAGCAAGGCAUCCUGCAGCGUAGAUUCAACAGACCUCGCCGCCAGCCAGCCACUACACAAGGCGACCAGCACACCGCUGAUUUGGCAAUCGAGAUGGAUGCUGCUCUUGCAGAAGGCAGGGCUACUGAUGCGGGUACUAUGGCAACCAAUCAAGUUGCCCCAACUGUCCAGGACAACGGUGAUGACGGGGUUGUAAUGGAGGCCGGAGAGAGUACGAAACAGAACCUUGAGCAACAGCUAGCAGCAACAAAUGAACAACACAAGGACUUCAAAGCUCUCAUCGAUGCAGCCAAAUCCCUGACCGGUUCCACAGAGGACAUCCCAGCCGGAGACCUGGCGAAGGGCCUCUUGUAUCUUUGGGAGGAGAAACAGGGUGAUGUCCGCCAGAUGAAGGCCGAGAUCGCUCAGAUCCAGAAGGAAAAAGAUCACACCCAGGAAACACUCAAGACCAUCGAAGACCAGUUGAGUGAACUGAGAAAGGAUCGUGUUUUCAAGGCUUGUAAGAAACAUCAGAGAAAAUGGUGGCGCCGAUUCUGUUUGUGUGGUGUCUUCAAGAAGAACAACAAAGUGGGCGUGGCCCCUGAUGAAGAUGACUACCUUGCAGAUUGGGAGACCAAUUUCGCAGACGAAUUCGCCAAGCAGAAUUCUACCAUACGCUCUUUGCAGAAGGAAAAGGCCAUCCUGGAAAUCCAGAUAAGCAAGCUCAAGGAUAAAAGUGAAGCAACGACGAAGAUGGUCAAGGAAAUGGCUCAGAAGCAUAAGGAGAUGGAAAAGGGAAGAAAGGAAGCAGAGAAGCAGAAGAAGAAAAUCGAGGGAGAGAAGGCAAAGGCAGAGAGACUGAAGGGGAAGGCGGAGAGGGAUAAAGACAAGGUAGAGAAGAGGAUGAUGGAGAUGGAGAAGAAGAUGAAGGAAGCGGAGAGGAAGAAGAAGGAGUACGUGGAGCGGAUCAACAGAGCUGUCAUCGAAAAACUUAGUCUGAUGAAACAGGAAAUUGAUCUAAAGAAUGAAGAAAUCAGUCAGCUCAAUAAGAUCAAUGGCCAUCUGCAGACGAUCACUGAUAUCAAGAUCAUGCGUGAGAGGAGGACCACCAUAGACCGUGUCGUCUCUGCAUGUCUUUACAUUUAUACCCCUAAAGAAUUGUCAAGCAACGACUUGAUGUCCUUCAACCAAUCAUCGGGUCCGGUCAUGCUAGAUGUGGUUGGCACGGGUGGGUUUGGUGAAGUAAUGAUUGGGCGUCUCAACGGAGAGAAGAACCCUGUGGCCGUCAAGAGGGCGCUAGUCACACAAAACCUGACUGCAGACCAACAGGAUCUUCAAAGGGAACGACGAAACAUCCGCUUCGAGAAGGAAGCCAGAGCAGGUCUGGUGAUGUCCGACUCGCCGUACUUUCCUCGAUUCUUGGGAAUCGUGUUGAUGAAUGGAGAUCAAUGCCUCGUCACAGAAUUCAUCGGAGACAAGAUCCAAGGUAAACCCUAUCCUCUCUACUAUGCCAUCUUUCCAGAGAAAGGGUGCGAUCCUGAGCCAAAGAUGAAAGAGUGGAACUUGGCAGCCAUCGGUGAGGACGUCAUUCGAGGUAUAAUGGACCUACAUGACCGUUCUCUCCUGCACAAUGACCUGAAGGAUGACAACGUUCUUCUAGAGUUCAGGCAGAAUCGCUGGGUGGGAGUGAUCAUUGACUUGGGUAUGAUGAGCACAAUGUCCUAUCCACAUUUCUCAGGAUCUAACAUGUCUACCAAUGAGAGGGCAUACUUCGUCCAUACAGCACCAGAGGUAUUAAAUGGUGGUCAGGCGUCAGUGGCUUCGGAUAUCUUCUCUGUUGGAUACAUCCUGGAUUGCAUCGGUAGAUUCAUCAAGGAUGAUGACCUACGCAAAUUGGGUGGCAUGUGCUGUGAAGAAGAUCCAAAGGAUAGGCCAGCUAAUUUGGGAGAAGUGCUUCCUGGCGUAGUUGAUAUCAAAGAGAAGCACAAGACAGUCGCUCGGCUUGCAGGAGAGUUGAUAGAGGAUGAUACAGAUGAGGAGGAAGGGAAAGGUGUUGAUGAAGAUGAAGACUUCCUAACUGAGGAAGAAUCCCAGGGAGAGGAGGGAGAAGAAGGUGGACAUCAAUCAGAAGGUGAACAGGACGGCAGAGAACAUCAAGGGCUGGAAGAUGGCGUCCUGGAGGAGGAGGUGGAAGAAGAUGGCCAUCAAGCAGAAGGUGAAGAGGGCGACAGAGAACAUCAAGUACCGGAAGAUGACGUCCAGGAGGAGGGACAAAUUGAGGAAGGAGGUGUUGAAGCUGGGGAAGAAAUAGAUGAAGAGGGAAUUGAAGGGCAAGGUGGAGACGGCAUCGUGAACCAGGAAGGAGGAGACAGACUGAUGGGCCAACUAGUAGGAGAGCCUGUAGAGGAGGAAGGUAAUGGUGGAGAAGACAUCCUUAGAGAAGAAGCUCCACAUGACAAUGAACUUAGAGAUAUAGCCGUAGGUAAUGGGAUGCCGGACGUAGAGGGUCAAGAAAUCGUAGAAGUAGUGCAUCUCAAUGUUAUGGAAGCAGAUCAUGGUCGAAUCAACCUACAGAGACGAGAGAAUAAUGAAGCAGUAGAGGAAGUUGCUGGAGUUGGCUGA